AUGCCUCAUCGCAUUGCCCCCGCAAACGUCCAGACCGCGGUGGUGUAUUUGCUCGAUAUGCUCAAUCGCGAUGCCGAUGUGGCGAUUUUGCCUUCCCAUCGGAUUUUUCAAAGCGUCUUGGAGCUUCUGUUGCCUGCUUUUGUUUCCGCAAAUUUGCAGCUUUGUUUUAUUAUCUUGUUUUCAUUACAGUCCGCGAUGUCCUCACCUCGGCGAAGGUAUGAUGUGGAGCUCUUGGGGCUCUGGCGAACGCGCGUGUUAGAUGAGCUCGGUUCCGACCAACUCCGCGCGAUGUGCGAAGCCACGCUGAAUUUUUUUACGAGUUUGGAUACCUUUUGCUUGCAAUCUUCGGCGGUGAGCAACCAAAUGCUGGUUCGUUGGAUCCGAAGCUACUGCUGGGAUGGUGCGAAUUCCACCACCGCCUUUGCGCGUACCCGAACAAGGGUACAAGUAGGGCGACGAGCGAGCUUGAAUGAACCUUUUUCCAUGCACACGCCCUUCCCCCCAUCCUUCGCAACGUCGUCCCUUUCGAGCGCGGUAGCGCCGGUUUUCCUAAACCUUCCUUUCCCUAUUCUUAAUCCAUUCAAGCCUUGGAUUGAAUUGCAUUCGGUUUUACUUACGAGCAUUCGCGUGGAAUCUCUAUCGUCGAGCAAGCCGAUAUGGAUUACCUUCAGCAACUACAGCGAUGCCGAGCGUGCAAAUCGGAAGGAAACUCGGAAGGGAAACUCCGCCAGAGAGAGCGAAAAGGAUGAAAUGUUUUUUAGUUUUUUAUACAAACGUGAGAGUGCGCUUCGAGAUCAACUGAUGUGCAUCUCCUCUCGUCUUUUACAGUGGCUUCUGCGUAAUCAGAUCGGAUCCAGGGUCAAGAUUGGUAAUUACAGCGUCCUCCCCCUUUCCGAUUCCUCUGCGUUGAUUGAAAGCUUAGAAGGUUAUACGCUUUACAAGCUGCCAGGCAUCGCAAAUGGUAAUUUGGCCUUGGUGACUUACCUGACACAACGUGGGGAAGCCGCAUUGCUCAAUUUUUUGGCCUCCGCGAAGCUUUUUUUGCUGUUAAAUUAUAUCUUUAGCAUUGGGGAUCGUCAUCAGGGAAAUGUCAUGAUGAGCCCUGUAGGGGCAAUCUUGCAUAUUGAUUUUAGCUAUAUCUUUUCGGAAAAGACGUUGAUGGAGAAGCUUGCCGGGACGUCGAUACGGGUGGAUAGCCAAUUAUUGUCGGCCGUCGCUUUUUGCCGUCGGGCUACCACCAACACCACGGCAUCUUGCCCCCACCUUGCCGAUGAUGCGUUGUCGUCGUCGUCGUCGUCUUUGUUCUUGGGAUCCCCGUGUGAGGGUUUUUUAGAGGUUUUGAACGAUUCUGCUGACGAUCGCCAUCGUAAUACAAUGAUGGUAGGCGAUCCUGCAAGACCCACCAACGAUAAUUCUUUUCAAUCGGAUAACGAAGAAUUUUUUACGGAGGCUGCGGAGUGGUUUUUGCGGGUUCGCCCGCAUGCCGCGCUGUUUUAUGAACUCUGGCGGUAUGCCGUCCGUUGUCAAAGCCUUCCCUUUGAUGAGCGGAAUUUGGCAACGAUUUUUAACACCCUUUUUGACCGCAGUGCUUCGCGAAAAAGCAGCGCGGAUAGUUUUAUGCGGGCCAUGGAGCAUUCGAUUAACGUUUGCCGCUUAAAGGACGCUACCUAUUCGAGCGUUCAGACCUUUCGAUCCUACACUGAUCAAGUGGUGCGGUAUGUUUCAGAAACGCCCUUAGAAGCAAGAAAAUUAUUGGAUUAUGUAUGGAAUCAUUUUAAUUUAUCGCGCGUAGCCUGA